CUGGUCAAUCGGCUAAACCAAACUCCACGAAAUGAGGGGCUAAAUCUAAACAGAAUGGAGAUUAUCAGGAGAUGGACGCAGUCAGUUCGAAAGUAUAUAUGUCCAGAAAUUUUAAGAGGGUCUAACGAGAUCAAAAGUAUCAUUAGUGCUGGGAAAUACAUUCGUAGACAAGUUUGCUAGUUAGCUCGUUAGCUCGACAAGUAGAGGCAGUGUUGUAACUAAAGAAAGAAGUUGUCAAAAGCUUUUAUCCAAAAUACAUAGUCCUUGUUUUCAGUUUUUCUGGAGAUUAUUAAAUACGACCGUUAAGGUAGGAAAAUAAAAUCAAGUAAUGUCAACGAACUGCAUAGGACCAAGAUAAGAAGUGAUUAACGUAAACAUUGACAGGCCUGUUGUUAUUGUACAUAAAGGGUAACUUAGUUAUAUUUUAAAGGGGCUAAAAGAGUAGGUUUUGAAGAAAAAAAUACCUCUUUAAAUGGGGGGAAACUGGAUCAGAAAAGAAACAAAUAGUUUUGGUGGGAUUGUCAUGGCUCUGGCAGCGGUGUUAUUCUCUUGUCUUGUGAUUGGAGUCAAUGGUCAAGAUGGACAGGCAAUGACUGCAGAGGAGAAGUCCGAAAUCAGGGACCAAAUUCUAGAGAUGUUUGAUCAUGCCUAUAACAGUUACAUGGACUAUGCCUACCCAGCAGAUGAGUUGAUGCCCCUCAGCUGUAGAGGAAGGGUAAGAGGGCUGGAACCCAAUCGAGGAGACAUUGAUGACUCUCUGGGAAAGUUCUCUUUAACAUUAAUAGACACUUUAGAUACUCUUGUGUUGUUAAACAAACUGGAUGAAUUUGAGGAGGCUGUGAAGAAGACUGUGCGAGACGUCAGAUUUGAUAAUGACAUCGUCGUUUCUGUCUUUGAGACCAAUAUCCGUGUGCUGGGUGGCUUGUUGGGUGCCCAUGUCAUGGCAGAUGUUCUAAAGCAGCGUGGAGAGAAAAUGCAGUGGUACAGAGAUGAACUGCUACACAUGGCCAAAGAACUGGGCUUCCGCCUCCUGCCUGCCUUUAACACCUCCAGUGGCCUUCCUUAUCCUCGAGUAAAUUUGCGCUAUGGGGUCCUCAACCCCCUUUCUCGGACCGGAACGGAGUCGGACACUUGCACUGCUUGUGCAGGCACCAUGAUUCUGGAGUUUGCAGCUCUAAGCCGACUGUCCGGGGACCCAAUAUUUGAGGAGCAUGCUAGGAAAGCUUUGGAUGUCCUCUGGGAGAAAAGGCAAAGAGGAAGUGACCUUGUCGGCACUGUGAUCAACAUCCACAAUGGAGACUGGGUUCGCAGAGAUAGUGGUGUUGGCGCUGGAAUCGACUCUUAUUAUGAAUACUUGAUGAAAGCUUAUAUUCUUCUUGGGGACAAGGUGUACCUUAACAGAUUCAACACACACUAUAGUGCCAUUAUGAAGUACAUCAGCCAGCCUCCUCUGCUGCUCAACGUGCACAUGCACAACCCCACUGUAAAUGUGCGAAGCUGGAUGGAUUCCUUGCUUGCCUUCUUCCCUGGGCUACAGGUUCUGAGAGGAGACUUGAAACCUGCCAUAGAGACUCAUGAGAUGCUGUAUCAAGUGACUAAACAGCACAAUUUCCUCCCCGAGGCCUUCACCACCGAGUUCAGAGUUCACUGGGGCCAGCACCCAUUGAGACCGGAGUUUGCUGAAAGCACAUAUUUCCUUUACAAAGCCACAGGUGAUCCUUACUAUUUGAAAGUAGGCCAGUCUAUAGUGGAGAAGCUUAACACUCACGCUCGGGUCCCUUGUGGCUUCGCCGCUGUACAGGAUGUGAGGACAGGAACGCAUGAGGAUAGGAUGGAUUCCUUCUUCCUGGCUGAGAUGUUUAAGUACCUCUACCUGCUUUUCUCAGAGAAGAGCCAGUUGCCUAUAAACAUUGAUGAUUAUAUUUUCACUACAGAGGCUCAUUUGCUCCCAGUAUCUCUGUCUACAACCCAACCCCCCUGCCAUACCAACAACACAGAACCUCAAGCUCAUGAAGACGAUUUAUUUUCAUACUCGUGUCCCAGUGCUCAAACCCUGUUCCCUAACAACCCCACCUUUGCCAAGACAAUCAGGGACAGCUAUAAAUACCUCACCGGUGUGGGAAGAGCCCAGCAGGCCGGAUCUGUCAGGGGGAUUGAAUUGCCUCUUCAUGACACGGGCCUGGAGCCAAUCGAGUUUCUGAAAAGCAUGGGCAUCUCUCUGACACCCCUUACUGAGCUGGUCUCUGCCAGCCAAGGCUCAGCAUUUCAGGACUCUCAGAAGGGUGUGUACAAGUUAAAGCUGGUUGCUGAAUUGAGCCAAACACCGGAGCAUGAGGAAGUGGUGCCACUAAUUGUGCAGCUCAUUUCCCCUCCGUUUUUAGGUCAAACAGUCCUUACGGCUGGGCCAGCAAAGUUUGGAACGGAUCUUACCAAACAAGAGCAUGGGGUGAAAGGCAGCAUUGUGAAGAGUGUUCCCUAUACGGCGUGUGGGCCGAUUGAAAACGCAGUAGAGCUGCAGGGACACAUAGCACUGGCACUGAGGGGAGACUGCAUGUUUGCUGCCAAAGCUCGGCGCCUGCAGGAAGCUGGAGCCACUGGAGUCAUCUUCAUUGAUCACAGAGAGGGCAGCAGCAGUGCUGAUACUACACUCUUCCAGAUGGUUGGAGAUGGAGAGCCUACUGAUGACAUCACAGUUCCCCUGGUGUUCCUCUUUAGCAAAGAGGGAGCUAUACUCACUGCCGCUCUGCAAGAACAUCACAAUGUGGACGUCCUCUUGCUACCCAAAGAGAAACAACUAGGAAAAGAAAAACCUGAGAAGUUAAAUAUUAAGUUCCGUUUAGCUAAGGAAGGAGAGUUCGCCGAGGGUGAGACUGAAAGCACUACCAUCCAGCUAGUGCUGAAGCAAAGUGAGACUGACACAGAGACAAACAAUGAGGCCGCAUCGUUGAUCAGGGAAAACCAGGAGACCUGCAGCUCUCCGCUGAAAGACCCUGAGAGCAGCCCCUGACAGGGGGAUCAGCCGUGACCACGGCCCCCUUCACAGAACGCAGGGCUGUUGCUCCCUGUCAUCGAUCUCGGAUCAGAAAAUGCAGGCUGUGCUAUGGAAAAUGUACCAUCUGAGCUCCUCACAGGGGGAUCACAAGUCCUCCCCUGGUUAAGAUGGUCUUAUCUUGCAUAGUUGGGGACUAUAUUGAUCUGCAUAGAGUGAGAUGGUACAACACAUGAAGCUCCUGUCUCUCUGAUAUCGUGGUAGUUGCAAUAGAUUCUUCUCAGUUGUCUACAAUUGAAAAGCAACGGUUUUGGGUAAUAAAGAGGUGUACAAGA